UAAUAAAAAUAAAGACGAAGCUAGCGCCAUAUUCACUCGAACACUUGGACUCGGCCAGACAUCUGAGAUUUUACAAAUGGUGAUGUUCGUGGCCUCCCCAGCUUCAGAAUCGGUCCUUGGGCAGCGUGGACAUCUCAGACUCGUGAAGGAACUGCAUCUCCUGCAGCUCCAUCAGCUUGCCGUGAUCCUUGAUGUGGGCAUAGUUGGCAGCAAGACACAUCAGAUAGUGCACCUGUGGGAGAGCAAUAAGAAAUUAGAAUUGACUGAGAAACCAGAAAAGGGACUGCACUUGAAAAAGCACAAGAACCAAGAAAUUACAUCAUUAAAUGAAAUGACAACAAAUCUAAAGCAGGAGGCGUUGCAGAAAGAGCGCGAGAUCACUGUGUUGUGGGAGAAGACAGAGUCCCUUAGUGGUCAGCUGGUGACGGUCCACAACCACAGCCACUUUGAAGAGAAUGGCCUGAGCCACGACCACCUUGCUCAAGAAAAUAUCACGUUGACAGAGCUGAUUAAAGAACUAGAAGAUAAGCUCAAACUUUCAAAGAUAGAAAUCAAAGACGUCACAAGACAGAAUAGUGAGCUGCAUGCACUUAUCACAGAGUAUAAAGUCACUCCCUCAGAGGAAAAAGACAAGGAUGGCAUGUCUUCAUGUGAGAACUCAGAAGCUAAAUGUACAGAUACCAAGGGGAAAUUGCUGGGUCAAGUGGCUACACUGACAUCUGAGGUUAGCAGGUUGGAGAGUGAGUGCAGCAGUCUUCAGGUUCAGCUAGACUGUGAGAGGGAUAAGUAUAACAAACUGCUGGGAGAAUCUCUUGCUCAUGAAAAGUUGUCUGAAGAUGUCAUAACUGAACCAAAAGGUGACUACAUCACCAUCUACCAGUUGCAGCGAGGAGUGAUGAAGCAGCAAGCUCGAGAACGCCAGUUAGACCUUGCCAGCCUCCAUCAUGAAUGAGAGGAAAUGAAGCAAAACCACUCAGCAGGAUUUGAUAUCAAAGCUGGUGCAGGAAAAGGAAGCAGAUCAUGACCUUGAGCAGCUCGAGAAGAUAAGCAGCGUCCUUAAGAGUUCAGUUGCUAUCAUUAGCAGUGUU